AUGGCGGAAGAACGAUCGCUACGAGAAGCCAAUUUAAUCUUACUUUCACGGCUUCACGUAGCCCAGAAAACUAUUUGGAAAGACGUAAACUCUAUAAAAACAAACAGCAACCAUUCUGAUGUCGACAAGCAGUUAGAAAAUUCAGUUUUUGAGGGUUUUGGGCCCGACAGAACGCCGGUAACUUUGCGAAGUCGAAGGAAGGCGCUAUCCGAACUGUCGACUAAAAUGACGCCACGAAAGCGAAGUGAAAAGGGCAGUGUGCGAUUUAGUACGCCAAGGAGAAGCGAUCAAAAGGAAAAUCGAACAUUGGCUGAUAGUAAGAAGGGUUUAAAUUCCAUUCUGAGGACUCCACAGUCACAAUCAAAACGUCAAAUUCAGGUAUAUUAAAACUUGUGUAUUAAAAUUACAACCUGUAUUUUUGGUAGUAAUCAGCAAUGGUAGUAAUGACUGACCUCAAUUCAAUUCAAUGAUAGACCCCCACUUGAGUCAAGUUAUGCUAUUAAAAUUGAUCAUUUUUAUCCUGGCAGCUUUUCAUAGUCAUUGAGGGGACUGGGUACCCGUAAUAUGGAAUGCCCUAGGUCCCCCAAUCUCGUUCCCCGAGCCUGCGAUCCUCGGGAAGGAACGCGAGGGAGGCUCUGGGAUAAUCUGUUUCAGGGAGGAAUCUGAUUGGCCAUUGAAAUGGAAUGCGUAGUUUAAUCUUAGCCAUGAUUCUUGGCUUCCGGUAAUGGAUUAUCCCAGAGCCUUCGAUUCCUUCCCGAGGAUCGCAGGCUCGGGGAACGAGAUUGUAGGUCCCCUAGCUGUGCCUGCCUUAAUGUUUACAGUAGCUGAAAUAUGCCUUUUUUAGAAAGCUGAAAGUCAACACCAUGUCACAUUUCAACCAUCCACGCCAACUGCAAGUGUUAAAAAAUCUGACCAAUCAUUGCUUGGCUAUGACUGGAUUGCCGGCAUGCUUGAUAAUGAUUCUUACAUAGCGCAAAAGGAUGACAGUUUUUUUAACGAAAUGAAGGAGUUUCGCAAAGUUAACAGAAGCGAGUGUACUGGAUCAUCUAUUUUACAGUAAGAUUUUUAACAUUCAAUUUUUCUUUGUUAAAGGGUCUUGUUGAUGGAAAUUAUCGAGUGGAAAUCGAUACAAAAAUACAAUAGACAUGUGAAGGACCAGAUUUAUGAAUAAACUUUGACUGACAUAGAUAUAUAGGAUAUUAGACGGUUGUGAAAAGAUAUGGAUUUUAUGUUCGAGUGGCAAAAACAAUAUCUCACGAGUGAGCGCAGCGAACGAGUGAGAUAUUGUUUUUGACAUGAGAACAUAAAUCCAUAUCUUCUCGCAACCGUUUAAUGUUCUGUUUAUUAUAUGGACUUACUCAGAGUGACAAAAAUACACACAAAGACGACAUGUAGAUAAGCAUGCGAAAGACCAGUAUAUAAAAGCGAUAUUUUUUUAAAAUUAUAGUGCAAACAUAAAACUACAUGUAGAAUAAAUUUUACUUAUCUCAAGAUGUCUUUUAAAUGUUUUUGUUUUAUUUCCAACGUUAAUUUCGUUUUAAAUACGAACCAAAGACCAUUUGUAUUUUCAAAACAACAACAAUGAAAAUGGGGGGAAAUUUUCGUAUGUCACUAGCAGGGGUGAAAUACGGAAAAUACACGCACCUGGCCCCGGAUGUAGUGACGUAUGAGUUCUACGAGUGUUUUAGUUUCCAGUAAAACACCAUUGACCAUAUAAUAAAAUGAGUUAUAUUGUUAUUCUAAUGAGUUUCACAGCCAUCUUCCCUUCAAUAGGCUAUGAUUGGACCUAACCAGGAAUCAAAUCUCAGGGCUGCAGGUUCGAUCCCUGCUAGGGACCUACAGUAUAAGUUGCAUUUUUCACUAUUGUUCUUGUUUAGGUCUAAUAAAUGUCUAUAAAUUUCCACUCGAUAAUUUUCAUCAGCAAGAUCCUUGAACUAUUAUUGAAUCGAGUGAGAUCAAAAUCUUAAGUUUUCUUUGUGCUCAUCAAAAUAUCUUAGAAAUGACAUUAUAAAAUGUAUUAAUAAUCUUUAUUUUAGAAAUCCAACAAAGUCACCCCUACAGGGAAUCAAUACACCACAAAGAUUUGAAGAUGAAAAAUACCACAAAUGUAUGUGUACUCUAGAGAGAAAAAUACUCUAAAGGAAUUUUGAAUAAAAUACUGGGCUAUUAAGUAUCAAUGGAAGGUUUUUUUUGUAAUACAGGGUGUAUAAGAAAAUGAACAGAUUUGAAAUUGCUCUCAAUUUUCCAAAACAGCUCGUGGUAUCAAGUUUUUGUUACAUAUACAAGAUUCCUUCAGUACCCAUAAAUCCAUAAUGUAGAAUAAUGAAAGAAAAAAAUACUUAAAUUGUGUAAACCAGGGGGGAGUUUCUUUUCCAACAAACUAAAAUGGUUUGUGCAAAAUUUAAAUACUUUAAUCGUAUUUUAAGUUAAUAGAUGGAAAAUUUGUUGGGUUUUUAAUUAUUGUACAAAAUUUCAGACCAUUUGGUUUAGUUUAAGCCCUUUAAACCAGGGGGGAGUUUCUUUUCCAACAAACUAAAAAUGGCUUGUGCACGAAAUUUAAAAGCUUUAAUCGUAUAAAUUUUGAGUUAAUAGAUCGAACAUUUGUUGGGUGUUUUAUUAGUGUACAAAAUUUCAGACCAUUUGUUUUAGUUUAGGCCUUUUAACUAGUCAUUUUUUCCUAAAAAAUCAGCCUUUCGCAUGCGUAAUUAAUGCCUUUACGUAAUUUGCGUAUUGCUGACAUAUGCAAAUUGGGCAAAUGCAUUAAUAAUUAAGCAUGCAAAUUGCUGAUUUUUUAGGAAAAAUGUAAGUUUGCGUGAAUAGUUGAAGGGCUUAAACUGAAGCAAAUUGUCUGAAAUUUCGUGCAGUAAUUAAACACCCAACACAUUUUCACCCAUUAACUCAAAAUACGAUUAAAGCUUUUAAAUCUCUCGCGCAAGCCAUUUUUAGUUUGUUGAAAAAGACACCCCCCCCCUGGUUUACCAAAUUUGAGUUUCACUUGUCGAAACAGAAGCUAGGGAAAAUACUGGUCAUUACACCUCGUAUUACACAAUGCUACAAAAUUAAUGUCAGAAAUGUCUACAUCUAUAAAGUCCUAAUCGUGAUUUAAAAGACUAAUCUCCCAGAAACGAAGUAUAAUUAAAAGUGUAUAAAACUAAAAUUUCAGGCUCUGACACUUACGUUCUUGAUGAUCGACUGUUUGCCGUUCCAAUUCAUGGUUCAGACUCGUAUUGUUCCUUGUGCAAAACACGAAAACCAAACGAGUAUGAAAAUCAAGAUAGUUAUGUAAGGAUAAGCGUGCCUCGAUCCACACUUCAAUCGCCUCACAGAGUGAAGCCACAUCGUAGAAAAAGCUUUGAUCCUACAGAUUCGGUUUCUUUAUCAAAGGUAUUGCUAAAUAUGAUACAGUAUGUGAUUGAUAAAAUGUACUGCAGCAGAUUAUCAACAUGUAAUUAUAUCGAAAUUCAAUCAAUCAAGUUUUUAUAAAAAAUACCUUGAAGGCUCCAAGGUCGAGGACUCGAGGAGCCAUGUAAAAAAAGUUCACAAAAUGAGAAAAAAUCUAUACAAAACUAAAUUACAAAUGUAUGCUUUACAUGCAUGUGAUUGUGUCAAAUAUUUGAUUAUCAUGCAUGAGUGUAGGUAAAGCAUUCCUAUCAGGGGCGGAUCUGGCCUGAUUUGUUAGAGAGGGUGGAGGUUUGAAAUUUGAAGCCCUGAAAUGCCAUUUCCUGUAUUCUGAGCACUAUGCGUUUUAUUCGUUAAAUUUGUCCUCGCAGUACUUAUAUUUCGGGCAAAAUGCUACGACCUACGUUAUAUGGUGCUUGAUCCGCCGUAUUGGUGCUUGAAUAUUUUCUCGCGUAUUCGAAAAUCAAUCGUUUCAACUUAAUAAGUAGUAUUCAGAACUCAAAUAUGGGUGGUGGUGGACACCUCUGGAGGGGGGGGGACACCCCACCGGUAUAGAUCCUCCCCUGAUUCCUAUCGCUGGUUUGGAAUCAAUUCAUUGACAUUUAUAAGACAGAUCUGGCGACCAUGUUGAAGAAAGUUAAAACAUGCAAGAAUAAUUAAACCAUGUUCAACCAAGAAUAAGAAUCAAUUUUUGUAACCAUGUAAUGCAUUCUGAAUUGAAAUCUUAUUUUUCACAUCAUGUGGUAGUUCAUUUGUUUCAUUAUGUAUAGUACAGUAAUCGUGUUCGAAACAAACCUGCUUCCCUGUAUUGGCUGGAACGCUUCCUAAACUGUGCUGAAACCCACUGAAUGGAUAUAUAAUAGAUUAUUAUUUUCAUUGCAAUAUUUGACUGUGCAAAAUAAAAUAAAACUCGCAAACCAAAAUUAGAUAAUGUGUUUGUCUUUUGUCCAGCACUGUCUUCUUGGUUGGCAAUCUUCAAAACCAGCAAUAAUUCCGUCCCAGUCCGCCAUGGAUCUCAGAGCUCACACUGGCAUUUCAAAACUGGUAUGUAAGAAAUACUUCUCACUCAAAUCUGGUAUGUUCACUUUAUUGAAAAAUCAUGCAUGCAUGUACAUGUAUGUACACUCAUGUAUCUUUAGUUUCCUCCUGCAUGUAAACCAAAUCAGUUGACAGGACUUUGGAGAGGUUUAGCAUUGUUAAACGUACUGAUAACCAGUGAGAAUGGGGCAUUGUGAUAAGGAUUAAUAGAUGCGCCUGACCAUACCUAUAAAAAAUAUAGAGUGCACAAUUGUCGAUCGUCCAUAUAAUGCGCUUGUCCAUCGUGCAGAUAAUGUGUACCGAUCAAAAGAAUAGUUUUGUCGCUGUGCAGCGCUCUUUUAAAACUUUGAAUGACUUUCAUAAUAUCUUAAUAACCAAACACCAAAUUUUGUUUAGAAUUCUAUAAACUGGUCCAACCCGCCAUUAAAGACUUCGCAACCUCUUCGUAGUUAUUCGGGUUUACUUCGUGGCCAAUCGUGUGAAAGCGACCGCCAGCUGCAAGCAUUUCGUCAAGUUACUUCGUCAUAAAAUAUAAUAUAUAAUAUAUAUAUAUAUAUAUAUAUAUAUAUAUAUAUAUAUAUAUAUAUAUAUAUAUAUCACAAGUUUUGUAACGUAUAGUGAAGAGAGUGCUCAAUACAUAAAAUUUCGUAGAGCGAAUGUAAUUAAUAUUCUUACUUAAAAUGUUUUUUUGUCUCUACUCCGAGUUUCACGCAUCACUGCGAUCAUCAGGAGACAUUGUUCUCAAAUACCGUUUGAUAUUCGUUGUUUGAUGAUGUGACUGCGCGCGCGCGCGCGAGGAUUGUUGAUGUUGCUUACACGCGCGCAGACUACAUUUCCCGCUAAAAAUUGUUUCCGGUGCACGCACUUCGAGAAGAUUUCCGAUCUUUUGUUGAGUAGAUUUUUGUCGCGAGAUUUUAAAAUCAGCAGCUUCUCUUGCAAGCAUAGGUUGCAUCUUGGUCUUCCGCUUGUGUAUGGGACAGCCUUCUUAAGAAUGGACCAAGUGGUGUUGUAAGGUCUUCCGCUUCUCUUCAGUUUCCAAAUAUGCUUCCGAUAGCUCUGUUUCGUUCGCGUAUCUCUGAAGCUCGAAUGAUUUUUUAUGGUUUCUGUACCUGUCUUUGAAUUCCCCAGCUGUUACCCCAAUAUACCGCUUCGUUUCACCGUUGUCGUGACUCUUUACUUCGGCUUGGUACACAAUAGCCUGAGUCAGACAUUUCUUCUGGAGGGGGCAUUCAUCUUUCUUGCGGCAAUUACAGUUAAUUUCUUCUGUUGCGGUGGGUUCGGUCGAUCUAAUUCUCGUGUUGUGGUUAGAAAUGGUUGUCUUGACAUUCUUCAUGCAGCUGUAACUAAUUUUGAUUGAAUUGCGGUUAAAGAUCUUAUGUAGACGACUUAAUUGAUUUAGGGAAAUGUUUGUCGAUAAGUUGAAGAAAGGUUUUACCAAUGUUUGUUACUACGUUUUUGCUGUAAGGUGGGUUACUACGUUUACAUGGGUUAUUAUUAUGGGUUAAUAUAUAUAUUGGUUAUUGCUAUAUAUAUAUAUAUAUAUACAAACGGGAAAUUGAUUAUCAUAAAAAUACAAACGGGAAAUUGAUUACCAUACAUCAAUUUCCCAAUUGUAAUACAAAAUGAAUGAAAAACGGCAAACUUCGCAAGGCUAUAUUAUCCGCAUUUUACAACAUUUCGCAACGAAACUUCGGAAUAUUACUAAUUUUGUAAUGCUCUUUCAAGCUGGGAUGAAAUUUUUGUCCUGACUUGUCUUGAUCAAAAUUUCACUCAAAAGGGAAAAGGUCUAUUAAAGUCCCUAAUAAUGUUCUACAUGUACAGUAUAUUCCUACUCCUACCCUGGAUCACAGGUUGUUAUAUUACUAGCCUGUAGCACAGACUAUAGACAUAAAAAUUAUUAGCCUGAUGAUUGAACAAUGUUUUGCUGCCCACGUUGUUCACACAUGUCAGCAAUAUUGAACAAUAUUGUUGAGCAUGAAUUGGGUGUAACAAUGUUGUUAGAUAUUGUUGACAGAUGUGAAUAAUGUGAGAAAACAUGGUUUCAAUCCUGUUUUCAUAAUUUAUUCCUUGAUAAUUGCACGGUCAAGCAGCAGCAUUUUUACCUCAGUUUGUAUCCUCAUCUGUGAUAUUAAAUCUGAGUUUUGAACUGAUCGCAUAUCUAAGUUAUCUAUUGACUUUCACCUGAAAAGAAGAAAUAUGACAUUGACAUCCCAAAACAGGGACAUACACUGGGUAAAUCAUGUUAUGAUUGAGAACCGGGUGUCUGCCAACCAUGGCUGAUAUUCAUGGUAUACCAAACAUCGUUUUCCUUCUCAGUGUUGUUGAUCAAAGGAAGCAGCGGUCUGGUGUCGAGGAUAUUAUCUGACUAUUUUGAUGCAUUUGCUGAGUUCAACGAUGUGUGUGUUAAAAAUAUACCACAUAAAUACCGCAAAGAAAUGUCUGAAAAUCAGAUAAGGUUAGUUCAAAACAAUGAUACUAAUUGGCACAUUGGAAUAUCUUAUCCAUUCAGUGUGGUAACUGGCAGGUGUCCGGUUGUUGAGUAA